AUGUCAACAUCAAUAAGACCCGAUAGCCCAGUAUCCCCCGAGAAAGACAAUCCUCUCCUCCCAUUCAUCUACGACACCAUCAUCAUCGGCGCCGGACCCUGCGGCCUAGCCACGGCCGCAAGACUCCGCGAACACACUCCCUCUGCGAUUUUCACCGACGAAGAACAUCAUCGCUACCACUGGAUCAACAAGAAACAAGCUGCAAUCAAAAAUUCCAAGACCGGUCAGACUCGAUUACCUCGUAGGAGCCAGUCCGCGUUAUCAUCAUCAUUACAACAGAGAAAAAAUCGUACAUGGCCAUCAAUGCUCGUCCUGGAUAGUUCUGGAGAUAGCUGGAUGGCGAAGUGGAAACGGCUCUUUGCUGUGUUGGAGAUUCGCCAUUUGAGGAGUCCGAUGUUUUUCCAUCCGGAUCCUCGGGAUCGAGAUGGGUUGUUGGAGUAUGUUCAUGCGGUGGGACGUGAGUGCGAGUGUGUGGAGAUUGCGGGUUGUGUGGGGAGGGAAUUGAGUAAGCAUCAGUUGAAGAAGCGGAGGAGGAGAGGGGGAGGGAGUGAGCGGGCGAAGCCGGCUGUUACGAUUGAUGAACGAGAUCGUAAAGACUACUAUAUCCCACCAGCUGACCUCUUUCAAUCGUAUUGCUCCUUCAUCGCGGAACGAUACAGUCUCCAGACUUCAGACCUCGUCCAACAAGCCACAGUAUCAAACAUUGACUACGACUACGUUCCACAAAUCUCUCCGCACGAGAAGAUAUUCACCAUCACGACCUCCCACUCAAUCCACUACUCACGAACGGCCGUGCUCGCAGUUGGAGCAGGAAACGCCCCCUCAAUUCCCAUACCCUUUCCCCAACACGGCUGCCCCUGUGCUUGCCACGCCUUCCAACCCAUCGACAACCCACUGCCAGCUCGACUCACGUCUCAUGUCGAGACCAACAUCCUCGUCAUAGGCGGCGGUCUCACCAGUGCCCAAGUCUCCGACCGCGCCAUUCGCCACGGCGCAACCAAAGUCUUUCACAUCAUGCGCGGCCCCCUUAAAAUCAAACCUUUCGACGUCGAUUUAUCCUGGAUGGGCAAAUUUCGCAACCACGAGAAAGCGUCUUUUUGGUCCGCAGAUUCUGAUGCGGAGCGAAGCGAGCUCAUCAAAUCUGCGAGAGGAGGUGGAAGUAUCACGCCGAGGUUUGCGAGGAUUGUACAAGGACAUUGUAAAACUGGCAAACUCGCACUACAUACGCAUACGACAGUGAAGAAGUGUCAAUAUGAUGCUGUGGAGCAGGCGUGGAGUAUUCAGACCGAGCCUUGUAUACCAGAGUUGGAGGCUGCGAGUAUUCAUCAUGUCUACUUUGCAACAGGGGUAGCGUCGGAUUUUGAAAAGUUGCCGUAUUUGCAGACGAUAUGUGAGAAGUAUCCUAUCAAGGGCUAUGAUGGACUUCCGGCGUUGACUGAUGAUCUGACAUGGAGGGAUGAUGUGCCUCUGUUUGUGACGGGGAAGUUCGCGGCUUUGAGGUUAGGGCCUGGAGCGGGCAAUCUGGAAGGUGCGAGAGUUGGUGCUGAGCGGAUUGCGUGGGCGAUGCAAGAGUACUUGGGAAAAGACGGAAUGGGAGGGAGUUGUAUGGAGGAGGAGGAGGAGGAGGAGGAAAAGAAGUUGGGAGGAGAGUAUCGAUAUGCGGUGGGCUUGGGAAGUCGAUUCGAGAGUCUGGGACUAUUGUAA